GUAAUCACAUAGUAUGCAAAUUAUUUAGCGCUCAACACUUUCACAUUACCCUCCAAUGACGUCUGCAACGACACUCAAUACGAUGAGCCAAACACACGAGUUCAGUCAAUUUCUGGAGACACACGUGUGAACAUCAAUCGAAAUGCUCUCGAAACUUGUGCUUUUUCUCGCGCUUUCGCUGCUGCCAGUGUUUUGGGCUCUUGCCGAGCCUGAAAACUGCCUGACGCCCAAGCAUUACGAAGAAAUUGGAUGCACGCCAGUGUUGGAGGACAACGAAAUCUGCCCAAAGCGAUUUGACUGCGGCACAGUGUUAGGCAGAACUGGGAAUCAGUGCUACUUCCAGGGCGUGUCGUACAAGGAGGGCGAGCACAUUCCCGGCAAUCUCACAAACGGUGCUUGUCAGGCGUCCUGCUUCUGCCGCGAUGGCGUCAUAACGUGCGCCAACAUCGAAUGUCCUGAGAUCUUUGGGCCCUACAAGCAAGGAUGCGUUCCUCAACAGAGUGAGGAGAGUUGUUGUGCGCAAGAUUACAUCUGCGAUGAGGCAGCUAUUGAGGAAUUGCCAACGUGCUACUUGGACGGCAGGAAGUACCGCAAAGGACAGAAAAUGUAUCCCGAAACGAGGUCCUGCUACACUUGCAUUUGCGACGAAGGCUUCGACAACAGCACAAAGCUCGAGAACAACACACACUGCAAUUUUAUCAAUUGCGGAAUUGAGCUUCACUCCUCGGACGAUGUGAAAAAUGGAUGCACUCCAAUUUACUACGAAACGCCAAUCUGUUGCCCAAUUGGAUGGAGAUGUCCUCAAGACUCAGAUUCAGUGCUUGAAGGCGAAGGACGAACAAACGACGAAGAUCCUAACAUGGAGUGCAAGUUUGGAAGGCUGACACUCAAAGUGGGAAAUCAGCUUUCAUCCCUUGAAGGACCGUCCGUGAAGUGUGAAUGCACAGUUCCGCCCAUGGUGACUUGCAUUCAGACAUCUUAAGCCAAGUCUUAAGCUGUAACAUUUUGAAGAUAAUCCUUUCGAGAACUAAUUUGUCUUGAUACUUUAUAGUUACAAAUAAUAAU